AUGCGCAUCCAAGCAAGACAUCCAUCCGCCCACCUACAAUACGAUAUUGUUCGUAAGCGUGUUCGUAAAGCUUGCGAUCGCUGCCGUCUCAAAAAGACCAAGUGCGAUGGAGCGAUCCCAUGUCUGCGCUGCCAAGCAGAUCGAACCCCCUGCAUCUUCGGGGAGCGAAAGAACACAAAAACUAAAGUAUAUCCGCAGGGAUACGUUGAAAUGCUCGAGCAACAGCAACGUAGGCUGGUGCGUGGUCUGCUAAAUUUAUACCACCGCACAGCGGAGGGCAAAGGCUGGCCAGGUGAUCUCUUGGGGCUCCAGACUAAUGGGCAUCCGCUGACCCAUGUUCUGCUUGCCCGUCUUGGUGUUUUAGACGACGACGAUAGCUGUAUUGAGGAAAGCCCCAGACUCACGCCGCCGGAGAUGUGUGGUGAUGACAUCCAAUGCCAAAUGCUGAGCACUGACGGCGUAGAGGACUCUACGGUGCUGGGUGACCAGUCGCAUUUCAGUUCCUGGUGUCUACAGGCCAUUUCGCCUUUCUUACCUACAGACACCCAACAGUCGUCUAAGCUGGAAUUCAUGCCGCCUGCUAUUCAUUCUUCCUCCUCGAUAGAGAAGGAGUCAGACUGCUUCCUAACUCAAGACGGAGCCGCGCAAUGGCUCCUCAGCACACCUGUUGAUAUCUAG